AUGGCGGAGAGUCCGGUGGCGGCGGAGGAGGCGGCGGCGGCGACCGCGGUGCUGGCGGCGGCGGCUCCGGGCGGCGGGGGCGGCGGCGGCGGGCCGGGCUCCGGAGCGGGCGGCGGCGGGCCGGGCGUCUUCCUGCCCGCCGAGCUGUGGGCGGUGGCGGGGCUGGCCUCGGCCGGAGGCGGCGGCGGCGGCGCGGCGGCGGGCGGCGGGGCCGGGCCCGGCGCGACCUCGGUGGCCGGGAUCCCCCCCUCGGCCGCCGCCGCCGCCGGGGUGCUUCUCUCGCACUCGGCCUUUUGGGACCCCACCACCAGCGGCGACUGGGACGGAGAGAGGCCGAGCGCCGCCUGCCUGCUCCGCAUCAAACGAGAUAUUAUGUCGAUUUAUAAGGAGCCGCCUCCCGGAAUGUUUGUUGUGCCUGACCCCCACGAUAUGACCAAGAUUCAUGCGUUGAUCACAGGGCCCUUUGACACGCCUUACGAAGGGGGUUUCUUCUUGUUCCUGUUUCGCUGUCCUCCAGAUUAUCCCAUCCAUCCGCCACGGGUCAAGCUGAUGACAACCGGGAAUAACACAGUGAGGUUUAAUCCUAAUUUCUACCGCAAUGGGAAGGUCUGCCUCAGUAUUCUAGGCACGUGGACCGGUCCGGCCUGGAGUCCUGCGCAGAGCAUCUCUUCGGUCCUCAUCUCUAUACAGUCCUUGAUGACUGAGAACCCCUAUCACAAUGAACCUGGCUUUGAACAGGAGCGGCACCCAGGAGACAGCAAGAACUAUAACGAGUGCAUCCGGCACGAAACGAUCCGAGUCGCCGUGUGUGACAUGCUGGAAGGCAAAUGCCCUUGUCCGGAGCCUUUGCGGGGAGUUAUGGAGAAAUCCUUCAUGGAAUAUUACGAUUUUUAUGAGGGGGCGUGCAAAGAGAGGCUCCAUCUCCAAGGACAGACAAUGCAGGAUCCCUUCGGCGAGAAGCGAGGACAUUUUGACUAUCAGUCCCUCCUAGUGCGCUUGCAAGGAAUCCGUCUGAAAGUGCAGGAGAAGCACCAGCAAGAACACCCGGACAUAGAUUCAGAGAGCAGCUCCUCUGAAACAGAGACGGACACGCAAGGAAGCGUUAAGGCCUAGCCCUUCCCCCUGCCGGAUUGCUUGGG